AUGAUUUUCACUACUUUAACUAAAAUUUCAAAUAAAUCGUCAUCAUCAUUAUCUUCAAACACAACAUUUGAAAUUAAUUCUAAAUCAGUUCAAAUUAAUUUUGGAAAUAAUUUAAAAAUGAUAGCUUCAUUGAUUAAUAAACUUGGUCCAAAAGGUGGAAUUUAA